CGCCCCUCCCUCCUCGCCGCCGCUCGCACGUCUGGAGCGCCCGGGACGAGAGGGUGGCGCGCCGGGGGCAUGCGCUCCAUGAGGGCUCUGCAGAACGCGCUGAGCCGCGCGGGCAGCCACGGUCGGCAGGGAGGCUGGGGUCACCCGAGCCGGGGCCCGCUUCUGGGCAGGGGCGUCCGGUACUACCUCGUUGAGGCCGCGGCGCAGGGCAGGGGGACGCCGCACAGCCACCAGCCGCAGCACUCGGAUCAUGAUGCCUCACACAGCGGCAUGCUGCCUCGACUUGGUGACCUGCUUUUCUAUACUAUUGCGGAGGGACAGGAGCGUAUCCCCAUCCACAAGUUCACCACAGCUCUGAAGGCCACUGGACUGCAGACGUCAGACCCACGGCUCCAGGACUGCAUGAGCAAGAUGCAGCGCAUGGUCCAAGAGUCCAGCAGCGGUGGCCUCUUGGACCGAGAGCUCUUCCAAAAGUGUGUGAGCAGCAACAUUGUGCUCCUGACUCAGGCAUUCCGAAAGAAGUUUGUCAUUCCUGACUUUGAGGAGUUCACGGGCCAUGUGGAUCGCAUAUUUGAGGAUGCCAAAGAGCCCACCGGAGGCAAAGUGGCAGCCUACAUCCCACACCUGGCCAAAUCAAACCCAGACCUCUGGGGUGUCUCCCUGUGCACUGUGGAUGGGCAGCGGCACUCUGUGGGCCACACGAAGAUCCCCUUCUGCCUGCAGUCCUGUGUCAAACCCCUCACUUACGCCAUCUCCGUGAGCACCUUAGGCACUGACUAUGUGCACAAGUUUGUGGGCAAGGAACCCAGUGGUCUACGCUAUAACAAACUCUCCCUCAAUGAGGAAGGAAUUCCCCAUAACCCCAUGGUCAAUGCUGGUGCCAUUGUGGUCAGCUCCCUGAUCAAGGUCAGUGUCUCUCUUGCCCCUCUUUUCUUCCAGGUGUUACAGUAUCUGAACAAGAUGGCUGGAAACGAAUUCAUGGGGUUCAGCAAUGCCACAUUCCAGUCAGAGAAGGAGACUGGGGAUCGGAAUUACGCCAUUGGCUAUUACCUCAAGGAGAAGAAGUGCUUCCCUAAGGGUGUGGACAUGAUGGCUGCCCUUGAUCUCUAUUUCCAGCUGUGCUCUGUGGAGGUUACCUGCGAGUCAGGGAGUGUCAUGGCGGCCACUCUUGCCAAUGGUGGCAUCUGUCCCAUCACAGGGGAGAGCGUGCUGAGCGCUGAGGCCGUGCGCAACACCCUCAGUCUCAUGCAUUCCUGUGGCAUGUAUGACUUCUCAGGCCAGUUUGCCUUCCACGUGGGCCUGCCAGCCAAGUCAGCUGUGUCAGGAGCCAUCCUCCUGGUUGUACCCAAUGUCAUGGGGAUGAUGUGUCUGUCACCGCCGUUAGACAAGCUGGGGAACAGCCAAAGGGGCAUCAAUUUCUGCCAGAAGUUGGUGUCUCUCUUUAACUUCCACAAUUAUGACAACCUGCGGCACUGCACUCGGAAGUUAGACCCACGGAGGGAAGGAGGAGAGGUUCGGAACAAGACCGUGGUGAACCUUUUAUUUGCUGCAUAUAGUGGAGAUGUCUCGGCUCUUCGAAGGUUUGCGUUGUCAGCAAUGGAUAUGGAGCAGAAGGAUUAUGACUCCCGCACAGCCCUACACGUUGCUGCAGCUGAAGGACACAUUGAAGUUGUCAAAUUUCUGAUCGAGGCUUGCAAAGUGAAUCCUUUUGUCAAGGACAGGUGGGGCAACAUUCCCCUGGAUGAUGCUGUGCAGUUCAAUCACCUGGAGGUGGUCAAACUGCUUCAAGAUUACCAUGACUCCUACUUGCUCUCAGAGACUCAAGCUGAGGCGGCGGCUGAGACCCUGUCCAAAGAGAAUCUAGAGAGCAUGGUGUGAGCACAGGCCCAGGGGCAGUCCCUGCUCCAGAAAAAGCAUGAGCUGGCCACACAUUUAACCCACAGCCACCAGAAAUACUAUGGCAGUAAGCUGCUCCCGUGGGGAUCGACACGGCCAUUUGGUGACACAGGCCGGUGUUUUCUAUGAGAAUCAAAAUGCCCCAUUCCUUCAGUGAACAGCACAGAGAAAUGCCUCAAUGGAUACCUGAGCAGAGCUAGCCACAGAGACCUCGAGAUUCAGCUCAAGAUAGUCCGGGUCUUUACCCAGGUCCCCUUUUCCUCUCUGAAGAAAUCAUCAUGCCAACAAGCAACUUCCUUGGAGAGCCUCUAGCUGCAUGCAUAUGUAUCUGCCGCAGAGUAAGAGAAACAGGUGAGAGCCAAGUCACCUGGCUUCAGAAGUCUGCAGAGAUCGGCCCAUCUUAGCCGGGACGCGCUGCUACUACUGACAGCAAUUUUAUAGACAGAGUAUUUUGUGUUCAAAUAAACUUUAAUCAUAUGAA